CUUAGUGUUGGUGCCCAUUUUCCAUAAUUGCUCUAGUACUUCCCGUGGGCGACUCGCGUCUAUUCAUAAACCUGUGCUCCCUUAUCAGUUUAGCUACAAUGCUUACCGUGCUCGCACCUGUCCGACACACUUCCAAUCGGUGACAACUCUUUGGUUGCAGUAAAAAAUAAAAAAUAAAAUGCGCUUGUCGCAUUUUAUGAAAGCACUCUUUUGCGGUUUGGUCAUCUUAGCAAGCGUGGCAUUCGUCUUCUUCGCCUACUAUGGAAGCACUGCAACGCAUGAAAUUGUACAAACCGCACGUAGCAAACUUGUCGGCUAUCUGCAGGUGAAGGAUUCCGACUUACAAAGCUUAAUAUUGGAGGAAAAUGGCACGUUUCCACCUGGUGAUAUGGGCCAACCUGUCCUACUCGAUGAACCCAUCAGUGGGGACAUUAAAAAACAAAUAGAUUCCGGUUGGUCCAUGCAGGGAUUGAACCAGUACACGUCCGAUUUGGUGUCCGUUAAUCGAAGGCUUCCAGAUAUCAGAGACGAAUGGUGUAAGGCGCCGGGACGAUUCCUCUCUGAACUACCACCGGCGUCGAUCGUCAUCGUGUUCUACAAUGAAGCAUGGUCGGUGCUCGUACGCACGGUGCACUCGAUUUUGGCGCGAACCCCACCGGAACUAAUCGAGGAAAUCGUUCUGGUGGAUGACUACUCGACGUUAGCACACCUGAAAACGCAGCUGGCAGAUUAUUUCCGGCCCAUGCAGAAAGUACGAAUAGUGAGGGCCAGUCAACGUCAAGGACUGAUAAGAGCAAGAAUUUUGGGAGCAAAAAGUGCAAAGGCAGAUAUAUUAACGUUUGUGGAUGCACAUUGUGAGGUGAUAGUGGGUUGGCUAGAAGCCCAGCUGGAUCGAGUGGCCCGUGACCCGACCAGCAUUGCGAUUCCCUCGAUCGAUUGGAUCCACGAAGACACGAUGGCGUUGAACGCGAAAUCCUCCCAGCUCUACUUUGGCUCAUUCGAUUGGACGGUGAACUUCCAGUGGAAAUCCCGCAAUGAGAAAAAGGUUAAAGCGGAAAAUCCGUUGGAACCGUUCGACACUCCGGUGAUGGCCGGAGGGUUGUUUACGAUCAACAAAACGUUUUUCGCCCACUUGGGUUGGUACGAUGAAGGCUUCGAAACGUACGGAGCGGAAAACAUGGAACUGUCGUUCAAAUCGUGGAUGUGCGGUGGGUCCAUGCAAAUAGUUCCUUGCUCGAGAGUUGCUCACAUUCAGAAACGAGGACAUCCUUAUUUAACAGGGAACACCAUGGGUGUUAUCAAACGCAAUACAGUUCGCCUGGCCGAGGUGUGGAUGGACGAGUACGCUCAGUUCUACUACGAGUCCUUUGGGGGGCCAAAGUUUCGAGGGGAAUUUGGGGAUGUGUCAUCGCGAAAACGGCUGAGGAAGAGUUUGAACUGCAAAUCAUUCCGCUGGUAUAUGGAAAAUGUGUUUCCGGAGCAAUUCGAUCCUUCUAAAGCCGUGGGCCGUGGUGAAUUUCGAAACGCAUUAAACGGAAAAAAAGAAUGUCUGGAGUGGCCCCCGAAACUGUCGGAGCAUGGCGUGAGCAGAUGCCACGGUCACGGUGGCCACCAAUUGUGGUUCUUCACUGCCAAUGGAGAGGUUACCCGAGAGGAUCAUUGUUUGGAUUACGAUGGAAAAAAGCUGGAAAUGAUUCGCUGUCACAAAAUGAAAGGCCACCAGCUGUGGGUUUAUGAUGCUAAGUUGAACCACUUCGUCCAUAAGGUUUAUAAUCGAUGUUUGGAGUGGGUAGAUCGGAAGCUGGAAAUGAACGAUUGCGACGAGUCUGAGGUAGGUCAAAGAUGGUUGAUUCAGCAUUACAAUGCUAGUAAUCUGCUGGUGAAAGAAUAAUGAUUGUAUAAAAAACGAACCAAUUUGUACUAUAAUAGUAUUAUUUAUAUUGUAUUUAUAAAAUAAAUUGAU